CUCAAGCCCAGACUUUCAGGUAAGUCCCAGAACGUUGGAAGCAGUUGUGUCCCCUCUUGCAGGAAUCAAUGACUAUUGGGGGGAGUUUCCAUUCCUGGGGGGCAUUAUGUACCCCUGAACUCCCUGCUGGAUUAAUUAGCUGCUCAUUAGCAGAAACUGCACUGCUGGUUGAGGAUCCUGCUGUGUCUGCAAACAAUUAUCUGCUGGGGUUCACUGGUGUGAGAGGAUGGGACCCCCAAACUACCCUGUUCUCACCUCGCGCCCCCCCCCCAGCCCUGGAGUCUGAGGAGCCACUUGUUGGAGGUUGAUCUGCAUAACAAAGGGUUAAUUAGGGAGGGAAGUGCCGAGUCUCAGGAUGAGAGACCCCUCCAGUCUGUACUCAGGAUUCCCAGCUGGAUCCCAGUAUGAAAGUGUGGAGCCUCCCAGCCUUGCCCUGCUGAGCUCUAUAGACCAGGAGCAGCUCCCAGUGGCCACCGGCCAGUCCUAUAAUCACAGUGUCCAGCCUUGGCCCCAACCUUGGCCACCCUUGUCCCUGUACAGAGAGGGGGGCACGUGGAGCCCAGACAGAGGCAGUAUGUAUGGACUCUCCCCCGGCACCCACGAGGGCUCCUGCACCCACACUCACGAGGGCCCCAAGGACUCAAUGGCAGGAGACCAGACCAGGUCCAGGAAGAGCAAAAAGAAGAAUUAUCAUCGAUAUAACAAGCCCCCCUAUUCCUACCUGGCUAUGAUUGCCCUGGUCAUCCAGAACUCGCCCGAGAAGAGGCUCAAACUCUCCCAGAUCCUGAAGGAGGUCAGUACACUCUUCCCCUUCUUUAAUGGGGAUUAUAUGGGUUGGAAAGACUCCAUCAGGCACAACUUGUCUUCCAGUGACUGCUUCAAGAAGAUUCUCAAAGACCCUGGAAAGCCCCAGGCCAAGGGUAACUUCUGGACGGUGGAUGUGAGCCGGAUUCCUCUGGAUGCGAUGAAGCUGCAGAACACUGCGUUGACCCGAGGUGGAUCAGACUACUUUGUCCAGGAUUUGGCUCCAUACAUCCUACAUAACUAUAAAUAUGAGCACAAUGCAGGGGCGUAUGGUCACCAGAUGCCUCCAAGUCAUGCCAGAUCCCUGUCUUUGGCAGAGGACUCUCAACAGACCAACACUGGUGGCAAACUUAACACAUCCUUUAUGAUUGAUUCCCUACUCCAUGACCUGCAAGAGGUGGAUCUGCCUGAUGCCUCCAGGAACCUUGAGAACCAAAGGAUCUCUCCGGCUGUAGCCAUGAACAAUAUGUGGAGCUCUGCUCCUCUUCUCUACACUCAUUCCAAGCCAACAAGGAAUGCCAGAAGCCCUGGUUUGUCCACCAUCCAUUCCACGUACUCCUCUUCCAGCUCCAGCAUUUCUACAAUCUCCCCCGUUGGGUUUCAGAAGGAGCAGGAGAAAAGUGGUCGACAAACUCAAAGGGUUGGCCAUCCCAUUAAACGAUCAAGAGAGGACGAUGACUGCAGUACCACAUCUUCAGAUCCUGACACUGGGAACUACUCUCCCAUUGAGCCCCCAAAGAAGAUGCCCUUGCUUUCAUUGGACUUGCCCACUUCUUACACAAAGAGUGUGGCACCUAAUGUAGUGGCACCACCAAGUGUCCUGCCCUUCUUUCAUUUUCCUCGCUUCACCUACUAUAAUUAUGGACCUUCACCCUACAUGACCCCACCAUACUGGGGUUUUCCACAUCCUACAAAUUCUGGUGGGGAUAGUCCACGUGGACCCCAAUCUCCUCUGGACCUAGACAACAUGUUACGGGCCAUGCCACCCAACAAGAGUGUGUUUGAUGUGUUGACAAGUCACCCAGGUGACCUCGUCCAUCCGUCCUUCCUCAGUCAAUGCUUGGGCAGCAGUGGUUCCCCGUACCCAAGCAGACAAGGCCUUAUGUAGAGACGGAGGCCUCCUGGCCUGACCUGGAGUGGACACUCAAUGAAAUGAAACCUGGGUACCAGGUGCUUCUGUUCCUACUGACUUCAUACAUUGCUGUAGAUAUUGUGGGGCCCAUGGUUCUGGGAGUAGUGGGUGGUUGGAGGGUUGUUUACAGCAGGGAGGAACCAGAUCUAAAGUGUUUUUUUAUAUUUCUGCCAUUUUAAUCCUGUCUGGGUUCUGCCAGGAACUGACGGGGGUCUUGUACCCUACAUAUUGCACUAAUGUUGAGUUGCUGUGGGCCCCAUCAUGUUACUCUGCAGCCCCCUCUUGGCAGGGAUACUGGGAGGCUGAACAUUGAGUGGCCUGAUAACCAGUUGCUGAUAACCAGUCGCUGGUGCCACCAGUACCGAUUGUCCCACAGCUACUGGGUGGAUGCCCCUUGACCAGUAGUCUUUAAUUGAGGGGUUUUUAUAAGGGCCCUUAACUUUGCAAUACGACACCCCUAAUUUGACAUUCCAAAAUCCAAGUGUAUCAGUGGAAAGACUGGUCAAGUUAUGGCUCGUUGGGCCCAGACCAGGACUGGCACCUCUGUGGGCAGCCGGCCAUUAGUCCCAGCAUGAGCCAGUGGAAUUCUGGGAUUUUGUAUGAAUGAAGGAGGGGAUGUUAUUAGAGAUUUAUUUAUUGGGAAGAGAUUGCCCCUCCCACUGGUCUGCCUCUAGGGACCAAUCAGUCGGGGACAAUUGACUUUUUGUAAGGUUUUAUUUGAAUGUUUUUAUUUGGGCUGAGGGCUUUAUCCCCAGUCCCUAAAGUUUCUAACGUGAGACAAUGAGCAAAAGACUUUUUAAAUGCUUUUAAAGGUGACGUUUCCCACCUCUUUCUUCUCUAGGGGACAAAUGAGAGAGGGGGUACGGCCCGAUCUAUAGACAUGGGGGUAUAAUGGGGAGGUGUGGAUCAUCCUUCAAGUAUAUAGUGACCUACAAUAUCCCCUGCAACUUACUGAGGGUCUCCCUAUUGGGCCCUACACCUCUGUUCAUUUAAUGGCUGUGAUUAUAAAUUAAACCCAAUGGGUGACACUCCUGCUGCAGGCUGCACUGCUCUUUGCUAUUCUGUCUGUACAUUUUUUGUUGUUUCUAAUUCUCAAUCUGUCCAUUGGAAUGCUGAGGAUGGCGCCCCCUAGUGCCGGAUCACUGAAGUGCACUGGAGCUGAUUGUGUGUCAAUGAUGGGAAUGUGACUCCUUGUACAAUUUAAUGGAUCUGUUUAUUGAGCAGUCCACAAGUGGGAGCUGCCAUAUUUCCAACUAAAGCAUCAGCAGAGCAAUGUGGCUGCCCCCAUACAAGGAAAUGUAAUGUCCCAAUAUCCAUCCAUUCCUCAUUCAUUGGGUUUUAUAGUAAUUUUUAUGUUUGUCAUUGUCCGUCCCUUUCUGUUCUUCUUGGCUGGGGGCUUCUGGAGUGGGAACCAGCGGUGCAGAGAACAGAAACGGACAAACAUAACAUAACGACAACUAUAAACCCAAUGAGAAUGAGGAAUGAACGGAUACUGAGAAGUUGGACAGAACAGCAGCCAAUAGUUUAGUUCCCCUUUAACCUCUUGUGGAUUGUACAUAUGAGCUGGGUUUUUCCGCUGCCUCUUCUGAUGUGGCGCCAGAAGACAUUUUGAAUUGACAGUUGGGUUUAUUAUAUUGUUUUGCUUAAUCUGUAAUGGAAGCUGGGCCCUCUGGGGCCCCACGUAGAAACCUCCGUUCCCAGGGAGCGGCCCCAAUGGAUGUCUGUGCAACAGAAGAGCCUGUUAAUAUCCUGGAUGUACUUGAUAUGAUAUUGUUUGUGUGACCCGACUGUGCCAUGAAUAAACCCGCGCUUGCACUUUAA